CCGCUUUCCCUCCUCCCUCCCACUUCGCUCGGUGCCCUCGGUGGUUGCAGAGCGGAGGGUCGCAGCAGCCAGCACCAGGGAUAGGAAGAGACAGGGCGCCAUGAGAGACUGGGCUGCAGUAAUAAAGCCACUGGUGAAGGCGUUCAUCUAGAGUGAGACUGAAGGGCGAUUGAAGAUGGCCAAAGAAGGGCCCCCCAGUGUCUCCAGAGACCUACAGGAGCUGCAGAGGAAGCUGUGUUUGCUGUUAGAGUCCUUCCAGAAUAACUCGAAGGUGGUUGCCUUUAUGAAGUCCUCAGUGGGUCAGUACCUGGACAGGCAUCCUUUCCUGGCUCUCAGCAUGCUGAUGUUUGUUACCAUGUCAGCCAUCCCUGUUGGCUUCUUCCUGCUUAUCGUGGUGUUCACCUCCCUGGGUGCCCUUAUGGGGGCCCUAUUACUGGAAGGACUGGUCAUCUCUGUGUGCGGCCUCUCACUGCUCUGCAUCCUCUGUGGCUUGGGUUUCGUAUCGCUUGCCAUGUCAGGGAUAGCCAUGGUGUCAUAUGUGGUGGUCUCCGGCCUCAUGAGCUACUGGUUUUCUCCCAGGCCACUGGCACCACAAAAUGCCAACGUUGACUGUCAGCUGGCUGUGAAGUCCGCAGACUUUGAAGGGCUUGACCAGGAAUGACGGGCUGAAUGGAACCAAAGAUUUUGUCCCCUCCCUGCUCGGGUCCAUCAGAGAGAGAGGGCCCGGCUUCUCUUCUCACUGUGUCCAAACUCCUGAAGGGGCAGGGUUGUCUCUCCACCCCUUCCACCCUAGUUCGCAGUCUUGACCUUAACAGAGCCCUGGGCAUGGGGACUGGAAAGCCUGACCAUUAAUUAGAGACCCUAGGUUGAGUCUUGGGCCCCAACUGUGGGUAAGGUAGAUUGUUUCUGAAGUUUAGUUUCUUUUUCUUUUUUUUUUUUUUUUUUU